AUGUCUAACAAUCCACACGCUCAAAAAUCCGGAGGCACCCAUAAGUCUGGAGGAGCCAAAUCCCAAAUGACCCCAAAAGAUGCAGCUCGUAUCCAAUCUCAUUCUGACAGAACUGGGAUCAACCAAGACUUCAAGAGCAGAGCCCAAAGUGCUGCUGACAAAAACGCCAAUAAGUGA